AAGAAAUGGAUGCUUCAUCUGAAUACCCCACAGCACCCACUAUCAAUCUAUACAACAUUCAUUUACAACAGCAACAACAGCAUCAUCAUCACCACCAUCAACAGCAGCAGCAGCAACAGCAACAGCAACAGCAGCAACAUCAGCAUCAAAUACGUCAUCCAGGACACUCGUUACACUCCUACGCACCACAACAAGACCCAUUCUGUGAUCCCAGUCCAUCACCUUCUUCUUCCGGUGCAGGAAUGAUGUGGGAAUCACAUCAUAAAAAGAGAGAGAGUAAGGCAUCGUAUAUUUUAUCACCUCCCCAAGAUGAGUUUCGGCCACAACCUAAUUAUGGAUCGCAAGCAUCAAUGUAUUAUGAUAAAUCUUCUUCUUCAGCAGCAGCAGCAGCGGCGGCGGCGAGUCAUGGAUUCUAUCAACAUACAUCUACACAUCAUGGAUUGAAAACAGAAGAUACAGCUUCUUUGUUUAUUGACAGUAGUAUGAAUCGACAACCUAUCAUGACGAUGCAUACCCGAGAAGAAAACAUCAGUCAAUCUUCAUCGGCUCCCUCUACUUGCUCCAACUUGGACAAAAAGAGUCGCGAUACGGAGAAAUCCACCUGUGCUAAAGAAGCGCUUAAAAAGAGUGGCGUGCUUCAACAUAAUCAUCGACCUGUGGUAGAGAAAAAAAGAUACCGUCGAGAAUCACAUAAUGCUGUUGAAAGAAGAAGACGAAACAAUAUCAAUGAUAAUAUCAAGAGUUUAGGCCAACUGUUACCUGACAAUAUGUGUGAAGGCAAAUUAAACAAGGGCUCAAUAUUAAAAGGAUCGGUCGUCUAUAUCCACAUGUUGAACGAACAGUUAUCACAAUACAAGGAAAGGCUUGAAACCCUUCAAUAUGAAGCUGCUCAUAUAUCCACCACCAACACCAACACCACCACCACCACCUCUAUUUAAUUCUCCCCCUUUUUUGCAUAAAUAUAUUCUUGGCCCUGUUAUUAGAAAAUCAUGUAUCACAAAUAAACUUUUUUCAUAAAAAAACCCCAACUCUUUCU